AUGAGGGCCGAGACACGGUGUGGAUGCCAUGCAAGGAUGCUACUCUGCAUGGACGAUGAAUCAGGACGUUGGCACGUUGCGUACUUUUCAGAUGCGCAUAACCACCACGUUCUUGAGUUGCGAUUUUCUUCCAUGCUCCCGGGCCAUCAGAGGAUGAGCGAAGCGUACAUCGAGCAGAUGAACGACAUGCGCAAAGGGGGCAUUGGCGUCUCCCAAAUCCACGGUUUUAUCGCGAGCUUGGCCGGCGGGUAUCAUAAUGUCCCGUACACAACAAGGGACAUGCACAAUGUAAAUGCGAAGCAAAGAAGGGAGGAUGGCCUAGAUGUGGAAUCAUGCUUAAGCCAAAUUGAUUACCAGGUGUUUGGAGACGUGGUUGCAUUUAAUGCAACGUACCAGAAAAACGUUUACCUUUCACCUCUUGUAGUAUUCUCCGGUGUGAAUCACCACAACCAAACGGUUGUCUUUGCCGCUGCACUGGUGGCAGACGAGAAAAAAGAGACCUAUGUCUGGCUGCUUCAGCAGUUGCAAACUUCAAUGAAAGGGAAGGCUCCCGUGUCCAUAAUAAUCGACGGUGACAGGCAAAUGAAGUCUGCGAUCGAGCAAGUUUUUCCAGAGGCUCACCAUCGACUCUACACUUGGCAUCUACUCCGAAACGCCACGAGCAACAUCGGAAAGCCCAAAUUCACCAGUAUGUUUAGGGAUUGCAUGCUUGGCGACUACGAGGUCCGAACAUUCCAAAGAAAGUGGUUUGAGAUGGUUGAGAAAUUUGGCGUCGCCGAUAAAAGAUGGGUGCGAGGGCUUGCACAUUGUGAUAUCACGGUGGUGGCUGAUUUCGAGUGUGCAGAGGGUAACCUUGUUAUGACCACCAACCUGAAACAGCUAGAGCAGAGUGCAGCCGACAACUACAUUCGUGCGAUAUUCUAUUUGUUUGUUCCCAUUCUUGACAGGGCCUGUGCAAUGAAGGUGGUUGACUCUGAAGACAACGGUUCCUAUUUUAUCCACACCGUCUCUUGA